CACAGCAACUGGCAGCAAGAUAAAAAAGGCUUUCCGCAAACUGGCCGUAAAGUAUCACCCCGAUAAGAGCAAGAGCGCCGAAGCAGAGAAGACUUUCAGAGAGAUUGCUGAAGCACUUUAGAUUUGGCACUGUUUUACUCAAUUUUUCUCAGGAACAGUGUGCACUUUGAACCCAGAGGAUAUCCUGUGCCUUCUCAGCACUUGAGGCAUGAGCGCACUGAAGCCUACAUAGGACGAAAGAGCCGUGCAGCUUUGUGCACUUUUAGCGACAUAAGAGGAGAUUUAAGAUUUCUACAAAGCAGAUAAAAGACAGGCUGGAAACAUCAACUUACAAGCUUGACAAAGAUGAUGGAAGAGGUACAAGAAGUGACUUCUGCUCUGAUUGUCCAUGGUCGUAAGAUCAAGGUUACAGAAGUGUUGAAAGACGGGGACACGCUUACCUUUGUAAUUGUCUCUCAAAAGCUGUCUGGGACAGGGGAGUACCAUGUGGACCGGACCUAUGAUGAUUUUGAAUGGCUGCAGCAGCACCUAUUCUCUCAGGAGGGUUUUCCUGGGAUACAAGGAGUCAUAUUUCCUCCUAUUCCUGCAAAGGCUCAGGUGAAUGCAUCUGCCAAAGUUAUGAAACAGCUUGGUUUCCUUGGUUUGGGAGAGUGGCAGCCGUACUGUAAAGCACUGGAAACUUUCCUCCAGCAGGUUGCGUCACACAGCAUACUCAACAAAAAUAAAGCUGUGGAGAUCUUCCUUACUAGCUCAGAUCCUCCAGGUAGACAAAGGGUAAAGAAAAACAUUUUCAACCGGCUGAGUCAAGCUGUGGAAGAGAUGAGGAAAGAAGGCCAUAAGGAUGUGGAUGAGUUCUUUCAAACGGAACGUGACCAUAACCUCGUCCUAACUGGCUACACCAAGAACGCAGCUGAGAGAUUCCUGGAUGUGGUGCUGACCGAGCAAAAAAUAGCAGUGGCCUGUGGGCACUUCUCAGCUGCUCUGCAUCUCUGCGUGGAAGCAGGGGAGGAUCCUGACAAACAGGCUUUUUCUAGGAUUUGUGUGAAAUUAUCAGAAGUCUUUGAUUCUAUGAAGAAAAAUAUGAUGAGUGUUGCUGAGAACAACGUGAGCACUCUUGGGCUGGGCCUAGACCUGGAGUCACGCUACCAGGAGGCAGAAAAGGAAAUGCUGUUCAGGAGAACCUGUAAACUAGUGGAGUUAGAGACUGCCAGGAGGACUGCAGAGAAGGCCAAACCUGUAAAGAAGGCUGCUAUGGAGGAGGUGAAGAAAGCAGCAGAGAGAGAGUUUGAUCACCUUUGUGGAGUUGCUAAACAGGAGAUUGCCCAGUUUGAGGGAGUCCGUGUGGAGAUGUUGCAGCAGGCUCUGGUUCAGUGGUGUGAAAAGCAGCUUCUUACAGCCAGAGAAAGCGCUGACCAGUUCAACCAGCACCUGCAAGCCUUCAGAGGGAUGGCCUAGUGACCUCACUAGCACCCUCUUAAUGAAGCAUCCUCACUUUGUCUAAAGAUAGCAUGGGAUAAGCCAAACAUGUCCUCCAGCGUGUUGUACUGUUGCCUGGUGCUUUACUGAAUUCAGUUACACCCAGUGUAACUAAAGGAAUGUAAGUGAAUGAGAAAGGAAGACUUCCUCAUAAUUAAAAAGCAUCCGUAUAAUUUGUAUGCGCACACACACACACACACACACACACACACACACACACACACACACACACACACACACACCCCCACUCACACACACUCAAGCACUUGCUUUCCCUCAGUCUCUCCUCAGUCUCACUCUUACCAAUAAAGCCCUGGUAGAAAUGGGGUUCUUGUCGUCUUCUAAGGCUUAUAUAGUGUGUGUGAGUGUACAUUUUCUAGACCACACUCAUACAUUUGUGCUGAGAGUGUACUGUGCUGCCCUCUAGCCACUACAUCAGCUGGGGUCACACAAAAUAAAGUGUGAUGAAUUGAUUCCCAAAGUAUCUGCUUGCCUUUGUGUGUGUUUCUUACUCCUGGAUCAUUAAUCAGUUGCUUUGGCUGCUCCUGCAAGGACAAGGCAGCAAGGACACUGUGCUGGCUUAUUGUUUGGCUUUUGAAACUAUUUUGGCUUUGUGAAUACAAUAAUGUUAAUAAUCUCUCUUACAAUCAUUCUAUUUUCCGUAUGAUUGUAUGGAACUUUUAGUGAGAUCUGGCGUAAAACUAUGACCCCUUAACUAGGAUUUCUGCACAUAAGCACAAUGUCAUCCUCCCCUUCUCUGUCUGCUGAGAACUGCAGGUCCAUAUCUCAGCACUGCCGUGUGCUCCAUCUCAUCUGUUCCGGCCCGUAAUCUCUCCGUUGGGUGAAUAAGGAGGAGUGGUUCCCAUUUGAGGGAAUGAGUCAGAGAGAGAUAGAUGACUGGUCUCAUAAGAAGAGAGGGUUGAGAGGAGGUUGGGCUCAGUUGACAAUGAAGGAGUAGAUAAAGGGCGAUACGUACAGUGCCAGGAGUAUGUAUUCAGUCCACCCAAACAGAACGAAUUAAGGAGAGGGAUCAUUUGGUAUAGUGUUUGGUUAGUACGAAAAUCUGGCUAC